AUGUCCUUGUCGAAAAGUCAUCUGUCAGAGCUCCACAACGAUUCUCAGUUAUGUGAUGUGACCCUGAAAGUCGAGGGGACUCGAAUCAAUGCUCAUCGAGUUGUACUCUCUGCUUCCUCCAGAUAUUUCAAAGCUAUGUUCACAAGCGAUAUGGCUGAAAGCCGUAUGAGUGUGUUUGUCAAGACUGUAGUGUCCAAAAGAAUUCGCCGAAAUGGUUUCCCAUGUGGUUACUGCCAUAUCGGUGGUUUCGAAGGUCAGGAACGGGUCGUA